AUCAAAAAUGUCCGUUGCUACUCAAGAACCAAGAAAUAAUCUUCCAAUCGCUUCAAUCGGUCUUCAUUCAUCAAAUGACUUUAGAGCCGGUCAAGCAAGCUAUCAAAGAUCCUUGGAGAUUCCAAAUGGUAAUGCAACGCAGCCAAUCGUAGUCGAUUUCCCACACAUCCUAGAGCCACAAGCGCAAGGUGAUCAAUCAUUGAGCUCAUUCUUAGCUUCCGCAGAGAAGCUGUCAAUUCAACCAAGCACGAAUGCUAUAAGCUCAAAUGCACCAUUGCAAGAUCAAUCUGAGCUACGUAAAAUACUCACAGCUUCAGGAGGUGUAGUCCAAUUCCGCAACACACCUCUACGCACAGCCAAUGAUUUUUCAGCUUUCAUGCAUACCCUAGCAAAAGGCACAGGCUGGCAACCACAUGUUGACAGAGGAUUGAUGGUGCUUAGACGUCCUCAUGCAGAUAAUGUAGCAACAGCCAAUGAAGGACCUCCAACACAAGAAAUUGGCUCGCAUAACGAAUAUGGUCUAUCAUCUCAUUAUCCUUCCUACAUCGCCUUCUUUUGCCUCUCAGCUCCCGAAAAGGGUGGACAAACGCCAAUCGCAUCGAGUUUGCGUUUGCAUAACCGCUUCGAUACGGAAUUGAAUGACUAUUUACUAACGAUUACCAAGCAAGGUAUCGCUUUUGCCAUUCAUCAUCCACGGGGAAACGUGGAGAAUCACAUUGGAGGAAACAGCGUAUUCAAUGAAAAUGCAUUCGGUCCUCAAGAUAAAAAUGUUCAAAUUCAAAAUUUAUCAGAAUCGGAAAAACGCUCAAUCGUUGAAGAAAAUGUCAAAGCAUUGGCCCGUGAAGGAGGUUGGGAUGAAAAUGCAUCAGAAGAAGAUGAAAAUGUACCGGUUUGGAAGCGAAAGGGAUACUCAGGUCAUUGGAUGCCGGAUGGUAGCUUCCUUGUCGUUCAACGAACGCCGGGCGUACGCAAACAUCCAAUCUUCAAAGUACCUUCUUACUUUACCAAUGUUCAUACUCGAUUUGUCUAUGCAGGGUUACAUAAACCAGAUGAGGAAAAACGCCAGGAUGAACAAGAAGCAUCCGCAUGGCGAACCAAUCUACUGGAAUUUGUUGAAGCUCAACAGAAGAAUCAAACACUCAAGCCUCCUGUUCAGCUGCCGCCAUACCUCGUUGGCUCACAUCCAAGGGAAGAUGAUUUCCCAUUCUCAGAGCACUGGAUUCGGGAAAAUUUGCGUAUUACUUCGGAAGAACAGGUCAAUGUAGAAUGGAGUGUGGGCGAUGUCUUAUUGAUCGAUAAUCUUGCCGUUCAGCAUGGCCGAAAGCCUUGGGAAGGGGACAGGCGACUACUAGCGAGCUUAUGGGAUUCACCAUUCAUUCAACAAGCUUCUCGAGUGUAAUAGAAAUGUGGUUGUAUGCUAUUCAUGCGUCGUUACGCUCUUUAGCUUGCGUUUUCAACGCCUUCUUUCGAUCUCGAGCACGUUGAGAAGACUUUCGCAUUUUCUCUAAGUUCUUUUCGUAUUUCCCAAGUUCUUCAGCUUGUUCUGGAGUUAGUGUACCUUCUUUCUUGUACGUACGAACCUGCUUUAUUCUUUCUUUUUGUGCUACUCGCCAUCGUCUUCUUGCGUUUCGAU